AUGGACGCGAUCGAAGCUCGGAACGCGGCUGGCAACGACAAGUACAAGGCUGGCGACUACGUUGGCGCGCGCACCGAGUACUCGGCGGCAAUCGACCUCCUCGAGGAGGUCGACAACGCGGCGCUGCACAGCCGCGUCCUUGCCAACCGGGCGCAGACGUACCUGCAGGAGCGCGACUGCGCCAUGGCCCUUCGCGACGCCGCCGAGGCCAUUGCACUCGACCGCACCAACCUCAAGGCGCACUUGCGUAAGAUCGUCGCGCUUGAGAACCUCGAGAACUUUGAAGCAGCGCUCGAGCACGUGUACGUCCUUCUGCCGCUCGCAUCGUCGUCGCCCGACCAUGCGACGUACAUGCCAUCGGCGCUCGCAGCCAAGAACCGGCUGCGCAAAGCCUGCAGCACCGACCGCGCGGCCGCCAAGGCCCAAGCGUACGACGUCGGGAAGCUCGUGCAUGCCAAGCAGUCGCUCCGGCUCAACUUUGCGAUCGCGUUUCCGCGAUCGCUGCCUCUCCAGCACUGGUUCGAUGUGACCGUCUUCCUCGCCAAUGAGUUUGGCCUCUUCCAGCGCGGGCUUGUGAUCACGCCGCUGCCACUCGUCUGCGAGCUGCACACGCCAGUGCCCGGCGUGGCCAUCGAGGUCGACCCGUCGCCUGCCGUGCUUGGUCUCAACGGAAAGGCGCAUUUCCGUCUCCGCUUCACCGCCGCCGACGUUGGCGGCAAGAGUCUGCCGUUGGUCGCGCUGCGCGUAUCGCUCACCAAGGGCCAUGGCCUCAACGACGUCUUGCCCGUCGUGACGCUGCCCGUGCAACUACUCCCGCCGACAUCAACCAAGUGGGCACCAACCGAGCCCUCGACGCCCGACCCGCUCGGCAUCCAGUGCUGCCGCAGCGUCUACGUCGACGAGAUUGACUCGUACAUCACCUUGGCCGAGUCCCCCGGACAUCUCGGCAUUGCGGGCAAGCUCUGGGACUCGGCUCUCAUUCUGACGACGUACUUGUCGCGCCACCAAACGGUGCUAUCGCGCAAGCGCGUGCUCGAAGUCGGGAGCGGCCUCGGUCUCGUGGGCAUGGUCUGCGCGCGUCUCGGCGCGGCAGCCGUGACGCUGACCGACAUGGACGAGGUCGUGCCGAUGCUGCAGUACAACCUGCAGCUCAACGCGCUCGAGGCAAUCGCGUCGGCCGCGCCGCUGUGCUGGGGCACGUCGUCCUCGCACUUGUCGCCGCCGUUCGAGGUCGUCGUCAUGUCAGACGUCGUCUACGACCCGGCGGGCUAUGCACCGUUGGUGCAGACGCUGCUGGACGUGACGACGCCGUCGACGACGAUCCUCAUGGCGCAUCGCUCCCGGCACCCGCAAGAACAGGACUUUUUCCAGCUCUUACGCGCGUCGUUUGACACCGAGACGAUCCCGCUCCAAGGCGUCUGGGACCACGAGUCGCGCAUGACGGACGUGCAGCUGCUACGCCUCUCACGCCACGCGUAA